CCGGCUCCGUCGGCUCCUUUGUCUCCGCAGCCCGCGGGGGCCUCGGCAGCCGGAAGGCCGGGCGGGCGCCCUCGGCAGCGGGAAGGCCGGGCCGGGCCCGGGAGGCGCUCGGGUCCGCGCGUGAGCGGUCGGCCCAGACAGGGUUAACAGGAGAGCCCAGCCGGUCCCGCGCUGCUGCGGCCUCCGCGGGGGACUCGAGUCCUGGGGGGACAGAGCCUGCCAUGCUCAGUGCCCGAGACUUUCCCUAAACCACCGAUGUCGCCGCCGGGAUCCCCAGGAACGCGGUUGCGAGAAAGAAGUCGCUAAUUUGCCAGGUCAUCUGUGCCGGGGCACUGUUAAUCAGUGUUUAAUUUUUAAAACCUCUCCAACUGUAUUGAAUCAGCGUGCCUAGCCUGAAAGGUGCAUCGUGAAAACUGAAACCCAAGUAAGGGCACGGGCCUGCCCUGGGUGUGCUCCCACUUUAAGGUUGUUCUCGGUGCUUUAAGCCUGUGUGGACUGUCUAGUGGACACAUCUGUUUAAAGCAGGGGUGAGACCACAAUCCUAAAAGGGGGAUUGAUAACGUGGAAAUUAAGUAGUGUUCUCCAGACACCGUUUGCUGUCUCUUCAGAUGUCCCUGGUAGAUCUGGGAAAGAAGCUUUUAGAAGCGGCACGAGCAGGCCAAGAUGAUGAAGUUCGUAUUUUGAUGGCGAAUGGAGCUCCUUUCACUACAGACUGGCUGGGAACUUCUCCACUUCACCUGGCAGCACAGUAUGGGCAUUACUCCACCACAGAGGUUCUACUCCGAGCUGGUGUAAGUCGGGAUGCCAGAACCAAAGUGGACCGAACACCGUUACACAUGGCAGCUUCUGAGGGCCAUGCCAGCAUAGUAGAGGUUUUGCUUAAGCAUGGUGCUGAUGUCAAUGCAAAAGAUAUGUUAAAGAUGACAGCUCUGCACUGGGCAACAGAACACAAUCAUCAAGAGGUGGUGGAACUUCUAAUCAAAUAUGGUGCUGAUGUACACACGCAGAGUAAAUUUUGUAAAACUGCAUUUGAUAUUUCGAUAGACAAUGGAAAUGAAGAUUUAGCAGAGAUAUUACAGAUUGCUAUGCAGAACCAAAUCAACACAAACCCAGAGAGUCCCGACACUGUGACAAUUCAUGCUGCGACACCACAGUUUAUCAUUGGACCUGGAGGGGUGGUGAACCUAACAGGUCUGGUAUCUUCAGAAAAUUCAUCCAAGGCAACAGAUGAAACGGGAGUAUCUGCUGUUCAGUUUGGAAACUCCUCUACGUCAGUAUUAGCCACGUUAGCUGCCUUAGCUGAAGCAUCUGCUCCCUUGUCCAGUUCUUCAGAAACUCCAGUAGUGGCCACAGAAGAAGUGGUUACUGCAGAAUCUGUGGAUGGUGCAAUUCAGCAAGUAGUUAGCUCAGGAGGUCAGCAAGUCAUCACGAUAGUUACAGAUGGAAUUCAGCUUGGAAAUUUGCACUCCAUUCCAACAAGUGGAAUAGGUCAGCCCAUCAUUGUGACGAUGCCAGAUGGACAGCAAGUAUUGACAGUACCAGCAACAGACAUUGCUGAAGAAACUGUUAUCAGUGAAGAGCCACCAGCUAAGAGACAGUGUAUCGAAAUAAUUGAAAACCGGGUGGAAUCUGCAGAAAUAGAAGAGAGGGAAGCUCUUCAGAAACAGCUGGAUGAAGCAAACCGAGAAGCACAAAAAUACCGGCAGCAACUUCUUAAGAAGGAGCAGGAAGCGGAGGCCUACAGACAGAGGCUGGAAGCAAUGACUCGCCUUCAGACUAGUAAAGAAGCCGUUUAACGUCACAGGAAAAUGAGUUUGGUUUUACUUUUUAUCAAGAAAAAAUGCAGUCUUGAACUCUACACUGUAGGGUACAGUCAUGGGACAGAAGAGACGACAGGUUGAUAACAGGACUUAAGCCAUGAGCUCUGAAUUCUUAUAAUAUAAAACUUUAGAAGUUGUGAAAUGUAUUUAAAACUGAAUUCUGUAAAUAGUUUUUGAAGUUUUUUUUUUUUUUACAGUUGCAAAUGAGUUGAUAAAGAUUGUUGAGAUCCAAAAAACACAGUAAGCCACUGUUAUGGUGAAUUCGUUUUGAUUUCAGUACUGACUUAAUUUCUCAGAAACAACAGUUUUAAGGGUGAUCUUUGUUGAUUAGACCAAAUGUUGUGUUAUAAUUAUGGUGGACUGAUGCUGGAAAUACUCUGUGUGAAGAGAAGGUUUUUCCUAGGAACUCUUUGUACAGCUUUUAAGUUGUCUCAGGUUCUCUGAAAACAUUUUUUUAGGAAGCAAAAAUUUUAUAUCUGUUCAAUUUCAGCUAUAGCCAAGUAGAUUUACAUGUAUAUGAAGCAAAUAUUUUUAAAAAUUUUGUUUGUACAUAUUCUGCAUGUUUUAUAAUUUUAAAACACAUCACUUGCUUAGGUAUGUUCCCACAAAGAUGAUGAAAGUUAUCAGAAAAAAAGGGAAAAGAAGGCAACGUGUCAUUCUGUAGGUCCUUGAAGCUAAGUGAGCGCGAAGCUGGUUUUAUUGGGAUGACAAUGUUCUUGGAAGGAGCAGCUUACAAGAUAACUUGAAUUUGCAAACUCUGCAAAAUCUAUGCUUUUUUGAAAAUUUCAUUGUGGGGACGUGAAACUGUAUUCUGUGCCUUCCAUCAUGAUUUCCACAUGAAAGCACUUUAAGGCACUGGAUUUUAAGAUAAUGUUUUUGGCAAACUCAAUGCAUUGGGUUUCUGAAUAUUUCAUGGACUUAUUCCCCUCCCUAAGAAAUUAUUCUUAUGGAAAAUUGCUUUUGUAUGUAGAACAAGAACUUUUUGUACUGCAGUGAUGUUAUAGCUAUGUUUAAUGUAACUUUCACUUUCCCUCUGGAAGCUCCAGGUCUGUGCUGUGACUAGCUCUCUUGAUGUUGAAUUCCAUGUGUAUGGACAUUAAACUCUGACAGACUGUUCCAUUCUUUUUUGUAAAACAUAAAACUUCAAACCCGUCUCUUUUUUUUGUUUUAUUACGUUAUGAAAAUGUUUAACCCUAAAACCCCUCUAGAUUAUCUGUAUAAAGAACCAGUUACCCUUAAAACUGUAUUCUGGCCUACUUUUCUAUUUUACAAUUAAAUAACUUUUCCACAUA